CAAAUGCACGUAGGCCCAAAAGCCUUUGACAUCUUAACAUGCAAUUUGUGAUGGAAAGAUACGAACUUCUGAAAGAUAUAGGAUCUGGGAAUUUUGGUGUGGCAAAGCUGGUUAAAGACAAGAGCUCCGGCGAGCUUUUUGCGGUCAAGUAUAUUGACAGAGGUCAGAAGAUUGAUGAACAUGUAGAAAGGGAGAUUUUGAAUCACAGGUCGCUUAAACACCCUAAUAUUAUUCGAUUCAAGGAGGUGUUGCUAACCGAGACUCAUCUUGCGAUAGUCAUGGAGUAUGCCAACGGAGGAGAGCUUUUCGAUCGAAUUUGUACUGCUGGUAGAUUCAGCGAAGAUGAGGCCAGAUUUUACUUCCGGCAACUCAUAUCAGGAGUCAGUUACUGCCAUUCAAUGCAAAUUUGUCACAGAGAUUUGAAGCUCGAGAACACACUCUUGCACGAAAGCUCAACAACCCGUCUUAAAAUUUGUGAUUUUGGUUAUUCCAAGUCUUCAGUGCUGCAUUCCCAGCCCAAAUCAACAGUCGGGACCCCUGCAUAUAUCGCACCCGAAGUUUUGUCGAAGAAAGAGUACGACGGUAAGAUUGCAGAUGUUUGGUCUUGUGGGGUUACAUUAUAUGUUAUGUUGGUUGGUGCGUAUCCUUUUGAAGAUCCAGAUGAUCCAAGAAAUUUUAGGAAAACUCUCACUCGAAUACUUGGCGUGCAAUACUCAAUCCCUGACUAUGUUCGAGUUUCAAUGGACUGCAAACAUCUUUUAUCGCGUAUAUUCGUAGACAACCCCGAAAAGAGAAUUACCAUUCCCGAGAUAGAAAAGCAUCCUUGGUUCGUGAAGAACAUGCCGAAGGAAUUCAUAGAAGAUGAGGAGUCUAGUUCGGAUGUGGAUGAGCCAACACAAAGCAUAGAAGAAGUGAUAUCAAUAAUACAAGAGGCUAGAAAAGGUACAAUGGUUGGCAAACAAGAUGGGCAAUUUGUAGGAGGGGGUGCUAGUAUGGAGCUUGAUGAUGAAAUAAUAGACUCUGAUGAUGAGCUUGAAGAUGAAGUAGACACAAGUGGGGAUUUUGUUUGUGCAUUGUAAAUGUUGGCUUCUUUCUUUCCUUCUGGCCUACACAACCGAUAUGUUGUGUUUGUGAUUGUCAUCUUUAAUAUGAUUGUAUUUAGUGUUUAGACUAAUAGGGUGACUUAAUAUAUUUAAAUUACUAGUUUAAGUAUCA